UUUCAUAACACGAUAUAGUAAUUUUGAUGACUUACUGAUAAUGCAAAGUAUUUGACGGAAAAAGAAAAUUUACUGUCACUGGAGUAGUUGGAGCUUUAAAAAAUCUAUGACAAGUGUAAUGACGAUGUUAAUGUAACGGAAUUCUGAGAUAACCACAGAGACUUCUUGUAAUCUAAAUUAUAUUGAUAAUGUUUCUAGUAGGCUUGACAGGUGGAAUAGCCACUGGAAAAAGUGCUGUAGCUAAUGUAUUUCGCGAACAUGACAUACCCGUCAUCGAUGCCGAUGCAAUUGCUCGCAAAGUUGUGGAGCCUGGGAAACCAGCAUGGCAUAAAAUACAAAAGGAAUUUGGACCUGAGGUAUUUCUCAGUACAAAAGAACUUGAUAGAGCCAAAUUAGGCGAUUUAAUUUUCAAUGAUAUUGAAAAAAGGAAAAAAUUAAAUGCCAUUACACAUCCUGAUAUAUACAAGGAAAUCUACUGGCAAACAUUUAAAUAUUUUUUACAAGGCCAUCCUUUCAUAGUCCUGGAAUUACCAUUACUCUUUGAAUCAGGACACAUGUUGAAUUAUUUACACAAAAUUAUUGUUGUAACCUGCGAGGAGGAUCUACAAUUGCAAAGAUUGAUGGAACGUUCAGGUUUUACAGAAUCUAGAGCAAAACUAAGAAUAGAAGCACAAAUGUCUCUAGAAAAGAAAGAAAAAAUGGCAAACUUCGUAAUUGAAAAUUCAGGAAGCGAGCAUGAUACCAGAGAUCAAACCAUUAAAAUAAUUAAUGUAUUAAAAUGUUCGAAAUACCAUUGGAAAUUACGUUUUAUAGUUGUUUUUUGUUGCACUGUUCUUUUAGCAUUAUUCUUGUUCUUUUUGUAUUUAAGAAAUAGAUCAUUUAAAUCUCUGCCAACAACAGUAUAGACAUAAAUGUUCUAACUAAAGUUACAAUACAAAAAUUCUGAUAAAGAUGAGAAAAACUGUAAGCCAAGUGUGAUCAUUUAAUUGUUCUAUGUAAAAA